AUAUAUAACACUGGUUCAUUUCAUCAUAUAUGUUCCCUCUAUUCUAUAGAGCCAAUUAAGCUUGUAGUGUUCUUCUUCUCGUGUCCUCCUCAUCACUUUAUAAAAGUCACAUGUCUUGUUCUUGCAUGUGAUAUCUCUCUCACUCACUCUCUCUCUCAUCUCUUAUCUUCUCACUAUAAAUCCUUUAUAGCUUAAUUAAUUUCAACCCUUUAAUACUCUUCACUAUUAAGCUAGCUAGUUUUGCAGAUUUGUUUUUUUCUUCAUUAUUAGCUCUUCCAGAAAUGAUGCCUCCGGAGCAAGAAACAACCGCUACUACCACUACAACUACUAUUACUACCACUACUUCAUCACCUAACUUGAGCCGAUCGUCCGAAACCGGUUCCGGAUCCGGUUCAGUUCACGCCGAACCAACCUCCGAUACCAUGGUGACCUCGGUCUGCUUUUCGGUUGAUAAUGAUCAAGUUCUUACAGAUCAACACCAACCUCAGUCUACACCUUCGGCUAAAUAUUCAUCUAAUAAUUUCAUUUUCCGUGAAUCUCUACGCCCUGUAACACUUAAGUUUGAAGAUGUUGGUUAUGCAAUCAAGUUGAGAAACAGUAGAGGAAGCUGCAGCUACUUAAUUUCAACACAGCUACAUGAGCCGAAAACGACGUCGUCGUCUCGAGUGGUGCUAAACGGGGUGAGUGGAAUAGUCCGACCCGGGGAGCUGAUGGCAAUGCUGGGCCCCUCCGGGAGUGGUAAGACAACCCUUUUGACAGCUCUAGCUGACCGGUUACCGGGAAAAAUCACCGGCAAGAUAUCAUACAAUGGCCAACCAUUCUCAUGUGCCAUGAAGAGGAAGACCGGGUUCGUUACCCAAGACGACGUCUUGUAUCCUCACUUGACUGUUUUGGAAACCUUGACCUACGCUGCUUUGUUGAGGCUCCCCAAAAAGCUCACCAAGGAAGAGAAAAUUGAGCAAGUGGAGGCGAUCAUUAUGGAGCUCGGGUUGACCCGGGUCCGAAAUAGUGUGGUGGGUGGGCCCCUGCUCCGAGGUGUCUCAGGUGGGGAGCGAAAACGGGUUAGUAUUGGGCAGGAGAUGUUGGUCAACCCGAGUUUGUUGCUGCUUGAUGAGCCAACCUCCGGGCUCGAUUCUACCACGGCGCAGCGCAUUGUCGCCACACUUCGAGGGUUGGCACGCGGCGGCCGCACGGUGAUCACCACCAUUCACCAACCGUCUAGUAGGCUUUACAGGAUGUUCGAUAAGGUGGUGGUGUUGUGCGAGGGGUGCCCCAUUUAUAGCGGGCAUGCGAAUCGGGUCAUGGAGUAUUUCGGGUCAAUUGGUUAUGUUCCCGGGUUCAAUUACAUGAACCCUGCUGAUUUUUUGCUUGAUCUUGCUAAUGGUAUAGUAACUGACAUAAAGCAUGAAGAUGUACUAGACCAUCAUGAUGAUCAAAAUUCAAUUAAGCAGCACCUAAUCUCAUCUUACAAAAAGAGUGUAUACCCUGCUUUGAGAGCUGAAAUUGAAGAAAAUUAUAAGAACCCAGUUAGAACUUCACUAUCCAGAGGUAGUGACAAUCAGUGGAUUACUACUUGGUGGGAGCAAUUUAUGGUGCUGCUGAGAAGGGGUUUGAAAGAAAGGAAACAUGAAUCUUACUCGGGAUUAAGGAUUAUCCAAGUCAUGUCUGUGUCAAUUCUCUCAGGUCUUCUAUGGUGGCACUGCAGCACUUCAAAUAUACAGGAUCAGAUUGGACUGUUGUUCUUUUUCUCUAUCUUCUGGGGCUUUUUUCCUCUAUUCAAUGCCAUCUUUGCAUUCCCUCAAGAAAGGCCUAUGCUGAUAAAAGAACGUUCCUCGGGCAUGUACCGCCUCUCCUCCUACUACUUUGCUCGAAUGGCUGGCGAUUUGCCAAUGGAGCUUGUUCUCCCAACAGUCUUUGUAACUGUCACAUAUUGGAUGGGCGGCCUCAACACGUCUCUCCUCACAUUUGUGCUAACUCUUUUGAUAGUCCUUUUCAAUGUGUUGGUCUCCCAAGGGCUGGGACUAGCCUUGGGGGCCAUUCUCAUGGAUGUAAAACAGGCCACAACACUAGCUUCAGUGACAAUGCUGGUGUUCUUACUUGCUGGGGGAUACUACAUUCAGAAAAUCCCAGCCUUCAUAGCUUGGUUGAAGUACAUUUCAUUCAGUCACUACUGUUACAAGCUUCUUGUGGGAGUUCAGUACUCAGAACAUGAUGUUUAUCAAUGUGAAGUUGGACUACAUUGCAGGGUUAUGAAUUUUCCUGCUAUUAAAUGUUUAGGACUAGAUAAUGUGUGGUGGGAUGUAGCUGCUUUGACUGUUAUGUUUGUGGGGUAUAGGCUUUUGGCUUAUGUGGCUUUGAAGAUGGGGCAGCCUCACUAACAUUUGAUUGACACAUAAAAAGUUUGAGACAGUGAAUAUGCAUUGAGUUGAAGCUGUAAAGAAAUUGAAUGAAGGUUCAUAUAUUCUCCAACUUGAUCACGAAUAAUCACGUUGGCUGACUAAAUUUUCAGGCCGACUCUGUUGUUAGGCCUACAACAAUGUAUUCAAUUUGUAUGGAAGUAUUUUAUGAGCAAUUUAUAAAUGAAAUUGAAAUUAUGUAAUUGAUUUUUAUGCAAGGACUUUUCUUUUCUUGCUCUA